UAGAAAACAAAAACACAUAGACAACAACAUAAGACUGUAUGAGUGCAACCCGGACAUGGGGCCAACUGUAAUCGAAUAGAUCACCGUCACAACAUUUCCCAAAUUCAAAUCAAGACACCGCAUUUCACCGAAAGAUUCACAAGGAUCUUCCUUUCAACAAAUCUCAACAACAACAUUGUUAUUACUAUUUCACUCCAUUUUUUUGUUUCAUUCUAUAGCCCUCAUCUUCAUUUCCAUCUCUCUAGGGUUCAUUCUUCCCCUUUUCUCAAUACAAUAAGGUUUAGUCCUUUCAAGGGAUUAUUACAUUUAUGUUUUGGGAGGAAGAUAAUAGAUACUUGUGAUUGUUAUCGUCGGAAUCUGUCUAAUGUAGAUGGUUUAUGAUCGAUUAAGAAUUAAUAUGUCGCAUUUGUUGACCUUGAGAAUGCCGCUUUUAACGAUGGGUUGAGUUCGAGGAUUGAGUUUUUGUAGAGUGGUAACAAAGUGUGAGAAUUUGGAUUUGAUUUUUGUAGUGGAAGUUAAGAUGGAUCUUCAAAAUUGUAAGGAGAAAGAUAUUGAAGUUGAUGUUGAAAGUGGAUUGGCACUAAUUGAAGAUAACUCGAGGAGAGUUUCUAAUUCAAUCACUGCAAAGCAAGGAAAGAUGUUAUUCGCUCAAUUUUCCGGUGAGUUUGUUGGGGGUUUUGUUAGAGGUGAAGUUGGGCCGAGUUCAUAUUUCAAUGAAUCGAAUUUAAGUGAAGUUUCGUUGGAUGUGAUGAAAGUGGUGAACAAGGUUCCGGUGAAGGAGAAUCAUAAAAAGGCGAUGAAUAAAAAGGCUGCCAAACCUCCGAGACCUCCGAAGGGUCCGUCAUUAGAUGAAGCUGAUUUUAAGUUGAUCAGGGAGUUAUCUGAACUUGCAGCGUUGAAGCGUGCAAGGGUGGAGCGCAUGAAAGCGUUGAAGAAAAUGAAAAAUGGUAAACCAGCUUCGUCCAAUGGCGCCAGUGCAUUGGCCCUGAUGUUCACCGUUAUCUUCUUCGUUGUGAUAAUCUUCCAAGGCAUGUCAUCUGGGAAAAGCUCAGUGGCAAGUUUCCAAGGGUCACCUCUAUCUAUAUCAGGAGGAGAAGGAGGAGCAGAAGAAGGUUUAAUUUCGGUUCGAUACCAACUCAAUCCAUCAAGCGAUUCAAACGCACCGGGUUCAGAGUCCCCCAAUUUUGUACAGCGGAUAGCAGGUUCAGAUUUGAAUGAAAAACUGAGGAGAGAUUAAGGUUAAUGCAAUCUUUAAGAACAAAAAGAAUGUCAUCAUCAUCAUCACUUGUGUAUUUUGAGAAGAGAUGGCUUAGUUUUAUUGUGAUUCUGAUACAAACAUUUCUUUGUCUCUCAAUAAUUAUCAAUUAUUAUUUAUGUGUUGGUAAUUUUUCCCUUUA